GUGGAAUCACUUCGACCAGGAAAUCUCAGAUUGUUGACGGGCGACAGUUUAGCUGGUGACCGUCGGGGAGCGGAGAAGUUGUUUUUAGUAUUAAAAGGUUUUAGUUUUCAUUUGUGCGCCAUGGCAUCUCUAUUCAAGAAGAAGACAGUCGAUGACAUUAUAAAGGAACAGACUAAGGAGCUUCGUGGCACUCAGAGACAGAUCACUAGAGACAGAGCUGCUCUGGAGAAACAAGAGAAACAAAUGGAGAUGGAGAUAAAGAAGAUGGCUAAGUCUGGGAACCGGGAGGCCUGCAAGAUCCUGGCCAAGCAGCUGGUCCAGCUGAGGAAGCAGAAGAACAGGACCUACGCCGUCAGUUCAAAGGUCACCUCCAUGUCUACACAGACCAAGGUCAUGAACUCCCAGAUGAAGAUGGCAGGAGCCAUGUCUGCUACGGCUAAGACAAUGCAGGCGGUGAACAAGAAGAUGGAUCCUCAGAAGACCCUCCAGACCAUGCAGGACUUCCAGAAGGAGAACAUGAAGAUGGGCAUGACAGAGGACAUGAUCAACGAUACGUUAGAUGAGAUAUUUGACGAGUCAGGUGACGAAGAAGAAUCUCAGGACAUUGUGAACCAGGUUCUGGACGAGAUUGGCAUUGAGAUCUCUGGAAAGAUGGUGAGAGCCCCAGCAGCAGGGAACAAUCUCCCCUCUGCAUCUCCUAAACGGAAAACACAGAUCUCUGACGAUGAGAUAGAGAGACAGCUCAGAGCACUGGGAGUGGACUAACACAGAUACACACACACACACACCUUGGGCUAGGUCUGUGUACUUGCAGCCUGGUGGUCCAUGUGUCGGAGACUGGGAGACUGUGGCUGGUUAUGAAUAUGUAGUGACUACAUUAUGGAAUAAUAGAAUGUUUUAUUAUGACCCAAACUACAAUCUGCUGAAGGAUGGGAUAUUUAUGUACAUACAGACAGUUGACUCCGGUGACUUCAAUGUAUACAUGAUAUUUUGGAAGGACCAAUCCUGUGGGAGGAUGAAGUAAUGAUGUUUUUUGUGCUCUCACAUAUUUAGGUACGGUACUAUAGAUGCUGGUGAUGUCAUAGACUACUGACGAUGUGUCUGUAGUACCACUUACAUUAACUCUAGGAACUACUGACAAUGCUUGACUUUUUCACUAAUAAACAUUUUGCAUGAGAAUGUAUGGAAUCAGCUUGACCAAACUGCGUAUCCGUUAGGGAUCUACAGUUGAAGUGGGAAGUUUACAUACACUUAGGUUGGAGUUAUUCAAUUUCAUUUUUCAACCACUCCACAAAUUUCUUGUUAACAAACUAGUUUUGGCAAGUCGGUUAGGACAUCUACUUUGUGCAUGACACAAGUCAUUUUUCCAACAAUUGUUUACAGACAGAUUAUUUCACUGUAUCACAAUUCCAGUGGGUCAGAAGUUAACAUACACUAAGUUGACUGUGCCUUUAAACAGCUUGGAAAAUUCCAGAAAAUUAUGUAAUGGCUUUAGAAGCUUCUGAUAUGCUAAUUUACAUAAUUUGAUUCAAUUGGAGGUGUACCUGUGGAUGUAUUUCAAGGCCUACCUUUAAACUCAGUGCCUCUGCUUGACAUCAUGCGAAAAUCAAAAGAAAUCAGCCAAGACCUCAGAAAAACAAUUGUAGACCUCCACACGUCUGGUUCAUCCUUGGGAGCAAUUUCCAAAUGCCUGAAGGUACCACUUUCAUCUGUACAAACAGUAGUACACAAGUAUAAACAUCGUGGGACCACCUAGCCAUCAUACCGCUCAGGAAGGAGACGCGUUCUGUCUCCUAGAGAUGAACGUACUUUGGUGCGAAAAGUGCAAAUCAAUCCCAGCAAAGGACCUUGUGAAGAUGCUGGAGGAAACGGGUACAAAAGUAUCUAUAUCCACAGUAAAACGAGUCCUAUAUCGACAUAACCUGAAAGGCCACAUAACAAGGAAGAAGCAACUGCUCCAAAACCGCCAUUAAAAACUGUACAUGAGGCCAAAGAUCGUACGUUUUGGAGAAAUGUCCUCUGAUCUGAUGAAACAAAAAUAAGAACUGUUUGCCAAUAAUGACAAUUUUUAUGUUUGGAGGAAAAAGGGGGAGGCUUGCAAGCCGAAGAACACCAGCCCAACCGUGAAGCACGGGGUGGCAGAAUCAUGUUGUGGGGCUGCUUUGCUGCAGGAGGGACUGGUGCUCUUCACAAAAUAGAUGGCAUCAUGAGGUAGGAAAAUGAUGUGGAUAUAUUGAAGCAACAUCUCAAGACAUCAGUUAAAGCUUGGUUUCAAAUGGGUCUUCCAAAUGUACAAUGACCCCAAGCAUUCUUCCAAAGUUGUGGCAAAAUUGAUUAAGGACAACAAAGUCAAGGUAUUGGAGUGGCCAUCGUAAAGCCCUGACCUCAACCCUAUAAAACAUUUGUGGGCAGAACUGAAAAAGCGUGUGCGAGCAAGGAGGCCUACAAACCUGACUCAGUUACACCAGCUCUGUCAGGAGGAAUGGGCCAAAAUUCACCCAACUUGUUGUGGGAAGCUUGUGGAAGGCUACCCACAACGUUUGACCCAAGUUAAACCAUUUAAAGGCGAUGCUACCAAAUACUAAUUGAGUGUAUGUAAACUUCUGACCCACUGGGAAUGUGAUGAAAGAAAUAAAAGCUGAAAUAAAUCAUUCUCUCUACUAUUAUUCUGACAUUUCACAUUCUUAAAAUAAAGUGGUGAUCCUAACUGACCUAAGACAGGGAAUUUUUACUAGAAUUAAAUGUCAGGAAUUGUGAAAAACGGAGUUUAAAUGUAUUUGGCUAAGGUGUAUGUAAACUUCCGACUUCAACUGUAGAUUCAGUUUGACACAAAUUAUAAUCUAAUGCUAAUUCAAACUAAUAAUCAUAAACUUCAUAUUUCAAGUAAGGGUUACUUUUAAUUGCUUGUUUUGUACAACUGAGUUGUACUUUAGUUUGAAAAUGUCUGUCUUAGUUGGUCUCUGUGUGUCCUGUCUUUCUGAUGUGGGAUGGAACCAGUAGUCUGUCUGUCUGUCCUCAUCUCUCUUGGCUGCUGUGCAGUUACCGUAUCUGUUGUUGAAGCUUAAACCACACACACACUAGAGUGGACAAAUAGUUUGCUAAGAUGACACUAAUGGUUUUGUCUUCCUGUAGUUCUCUCCACCAUGCUGUAGAGCAGGUCAGAAGACAGUGACAUAUUGUGCAAUGGCAGCUAAAGAGCAUUUAAUGCAGCCUAGAAUGUUCUCUCAUGGUCCUUUUGUGGUUUUCUAAUGUCGACUGGUAUAUCACUGAAUGCUAAAAUGAUUGUCUUAAUGUUUGUUACUGGAAAGCAUUGAGACUGGUACACUGUCUUUUACAUGACUUUCUUUUCAUCUUCAUUUGUGGUGCAAUUUUCCAGACAGGAAAUGUAAAUGAAUGAAGGUUGUUGUCAUGCCUUUUAUCCACCAUGUACAGUAUGUCAACUAAUGUAUGUAUCCUCUGUGUUUGUACAGUUCUACUGUUUAGGCUUGAUGAUGGCUUUUAUAAUGAAUAAAAUAACUUCAUGUACUA